AUGGCGAUGUCCAAGCUCGCGUUCCUGGCCGUGCUCGUCGUCCUGCUGCUGCAGGCGUCGCCGCGCGCCGCGGCCAGCCGGCACCACCACGGCCACGGCGAGCCGAAAACCCCGUGCGGCGGCGGCGGCCCGGGCCUGCUGCACAAGGGCUGCUCGGCCCCGGCCGUGGCGGCGCACGGCGGCACGCCCGCGGUGAUGACGAUGAACGGGUUCCAGAAGGGCGAGAGCGGCGGGGCCCCCUCGGAGUGCGACGGCAAGUACCACAGCGACCAGGAGAUGAUCGUGGCGCUCUCGACGCGGUGGUACGCCGGCGGGCGGCGGUGCCACGAGCCCAUCCGCAUCACGCACAACGGGCGCACCGUGGUGGCCAAGGUCGCGGACGAGUGCGACUCCCGGCACGGCUGCAGGACCAACAUCGUCGACGCGUCCAAGGCCGUCUGGCGCGCGCUCGGGAUCAACACCGAGAUCGGCGAGGUCCGCGUCACCUGGGCCGACGCCUGA